AUGAAAGGAAAAGUAUGUUUAGCAGUUUUAGUGAUAAGUUUUAUUCUUUACAUAAUGGAUGUUGUAUCAGAUAUUUACGUAGCAAUUCAACACUACAGAAACGAUGAUAAAUGGUGGUGUGUCAUCACUGUAAUAUUUGUUCUCAUUCCUCAUUUUAUCAUUAAUACUUACGCAGCGUGUGUUAAUGUAAACUUUCUGUGGAUCCGUCGUGAAAAAUCUUUAAUGAUGUGGUUAUUACAAAUAUCAAUUUUUACCACGUUCAAACAUGAGUUCUUCAAAUGGAAACGCAAAUAUUGGAAAAAAAGUGAUGAAAAUGUUUCACAAUAUUCAGCUGACAUAACGCUAUCACUGCAUCAUACAUAUCUGUGUGUUGUUGAAGCAUUUGGGGAAUCAGCGCCUCAGUGUUGUUUACAGAACUAUAUUAUGUUACGUUAUUGGCACUUUCCGUGGUACACUGUUUUAUCAACAGUUAUAUCUCUACUGUCCUUGGCUUGGAACAUUCUCACGCUGGAAACAUCUUGUAAAUUGUGUCAACUGCCUUCCGUUCAACUUUACUCUGUCCAUGAAAAUAAAGUUUUUUCAUUUUAUUCAUAUGUCAUUGGCUUUGUAUAUUCACUGUAA